GCGUAGCAGUCUUGCCUUGAGGCAUACACGUGCAUUUGGCAGUGAUGGAGGCAGACUUGACAGCGAGCCCGGCGUGGGAAGGGCCUGUGGGGGUUAGUGUGCUAGGUGAAGAAUAUCAAAGACUGGCUAGAACUCCUUCCCUGCGCGGGGGGAACAGGUCGCCUAUUGACCAUGGCGCUCUGCAUCAGGGUCCAUCACAUGGGCAGAGUAAUUUGAAACCCGACCUGAGUGCCCGAUCUGGAGGAGGGGUGGGGCUUGGGGGCGUGGAAGGAGGAGGAGGUUGGCGAGGGGAGGUUGCGGCAGGGGAUGCAGAGGAGGGAAAUCGUUCUGCGAGGGUCGCUCGACCCUAUCGCCCAAACUUGGACGGUCACGCUGUAGAUGAGGCCAGCGCUAGGCGCCCUGGAAAGCAGCAGCCGCUCAUCGGUCAGGAAUCGAUGGCAGACGGGCCGGAGGGGCAGAGCACAAGAGAAGGUAGCAGUAGUGACCGCUCCCAAACCCCUUGCCCAGGCAGUGCGGGUUAUCGGUUUCGAUCCCCCGAUCAGCGGGAUGAUUGGCUGGGCCACAAAUGGCAGGAAGGAAAUGAAGAUGGUGUUGAUCACGCCACUGGCGGGGGAAAGCAAAUCUUUCCAGGUGAGAGUCAUGGUGAUGGAAGGUCGGUUAGCGGAAGAGAGUCGGCCGAUCUGUUAAGCAUGCAGCAGCCCAGACAGGGGCAACGGGAGGGAGCCCUUUGCUCGCAGAAGGGGUCAAGGCGGACGGACGGAGUGUGCGGACAGGCUGGCGAAGGAGAGUCUUGGAGGCGAGAGAAACUAAAUGGAGGGGGAGCGAGGCAGGAGGAGGCAUUUGUGUGGAGGGAAGUUGGAGGAGGAGGAGAGAUCGGGAUGACUCGGGUGGACAGAGGGGAAGGGCCCUGCAGCACUGGGCGGGGUGGCGGUGGUAGUAGUAGUGCGGUUAAUGACGAUGGGAGGCGGGGAGGCGGUGCGAGGGUGGCGCAUGUAGAGGUGAAUCGAGAGCGGCAGCGACAGAAGCAAGAAGAAGGGGGGCGAAUCAGUGGCAACACGGGACAAAGGGAGAGGUGGAUGAGGGGGAAUUACGUGCAAUCGGGUUUAAGGCAGGGCGGCGGGCCUGGUAGGCAGUUAGAUCAGUCCAGCAAAACAAGAGCGGCCGCCACCCCCGUUGAGAUGCGGGAUGGAGGUCGCAAUCCCGGCGGCAAAGAGUGGAGAGGGAGUGGUAGGGGUGAUGCCAGUGAGCACAUGGUGGAACGACGACUUCCUGCUGGGGGUUCCAGGAUGGAGAACGCAGCGACGAUGACAAGCAGCAGGGAAGGUCGAGAACCGAAAAAGCUGCUUACACCGGCCGAUGGCGGGAAGGGAGCGGCGGUGGCGACGGCGUAUACGGAUUCAACGAGUGUGGCUCGCUCAGAGAGCCAGAAAAUGGGUGGUAGCCAGGGCAGAAAUGGUGGGCCUGAUCUUGUAGAUGAGGUCAAGUCAGGGCUCCCUUGUUCGGGGGAAGGAGCGGGGGGGAUGGAAGAGGAAGACCAACAACAAGAGCAGGAAGCUCUUCUGAAUAGACAGGGGCUGAAGAGGGAUUACCGCGUGGAGUACGUUCCUGGCGGCGGCGGCGGUGGCGGUGGCCGCGCGGCGAGGAGUAAAGAGGCGAAGAAGAAGGAGGCGAUGGCGGUGGAACCUCUGGCUCCGUUCUUCCCGUACCUGCCUCAGGACGAUGCAAUGGCGGUCGGGAUCGGGAUAGACGACUCCAGCAAUGCGGCAGACACACAGGAAGUGGUGGAUUCGUUAAAUCGUCAGCUGGGCAUUCUGCUGCGUAUGACUCCCAAGCAGUUUUGGCGGCAGGUGGUGAGGGAUGCAUCACUUCACGCGUUUCUGGACAGCUAUCUGCGAUUUCGAAGGCGAUGGUUCGAUCUUCUUCCGGAUAAUGACGUGAAGGAGGGGGUUGGCCUCGGCGGCGGCGGUAAUUGGAGGUAUAACAGACGGUCUAGAGCGGGAGUCGUCGUCGGAGAUGCAGAACUAGCCAGGAGAGUGUUUAUGCUCCUCUUUCGGCUCUCGACGAGUCGCGAGCCUGGCGUUCUUCCAGCUGAUUGUCUCGCUCCGAAAGAACACGCCGCCAUCAUAUACGAAAAGGGCUAUCUCGAUCUUCCGAAACUGAUGGAUGUUUGCGCGAUCUACGGGCGAGAUAACCAGGAGUUGACACGUAAGCUUAUCGGCAACGUGUUCAGUGCGCAGGGGAAGUACAGGAAUGACGUGACGUCGUGCGUCCCACACGUCUCCUCCACCGUCGAGGCGAUGUCGAUAUCCACGAGGAGAAGCGUGGAGGCUAUUUCGGACAUUGGCGAUGGGAGGAGGGGGAUGCUGCAAGCAGAGGAUGCGAUGCGCGUGCGGGGAGAGCUCCUGGAUGUUGCCGAUUUCCUUCACGAUCUCGUGGCCACAUUCGCCGCGUUCGUGGAAGUGUUUCCUCCGGCGGCGGAAAUGUUCGUUUCCGAAAGAGACGACAGCCAGAGCUCGCGGUUCUUGGAACUUUUGGCGCGAAUUUAUGACGAGCUGCUUCCUCUCUUGAAGCGAGGUCUCGCCGCGAUUGCCUCAUUGACAACCGGAGAUGGGAGAUCGCCUUCGGGGACCAACGAUCCGGGAGCGAAUGAAGUCCCGGAAUGGCGUCGCAGUGAGGCGGCGGAUGGCGGCCGCGGGCAAGAAACGGCAAUUGCGAAGCUGCGUGCGGUGGAGAAGAGAAAGAUGGCUCGACUAAGGGGGAGGACGCUAAGGCUGGCGUGGAACUGUCUAUGGUUGGGAUGCCUUCGAGGCGACGAGGAGGGGGGCGCGGAGGGGAAGGAAGGAGGGGGGAAAGACGGAGGAAGGAACGAUGCAAUGGGGGGCGGAAGGGGGGCGGACGCUGUGGCGUACGAAAAGGCGGAGGCGACCUUGAGUGCGGUAACGGGCCUGGCGAGCUGGAUCGGGGAGGCCGAGAGUCGCGCUGCGGACGGCGAAGUCGUUAUAGCGCGGGAAGGGGCGGGAAGCUUGCUUCGCGCCUUAGAGCGCAAGUACGACCUCGCAUCGGUUAUACAUCAGCUUCGAGAGAGUGGUAUGAUUUGUCUUGAUGACCCGCAGAUGAACUAUUUGGUUGGGGUGAUAGCACAGCCGAAGUUGCGGGGCGAGAUGGGAGCCCCAGCUUCACAGGUUCGUCAGAGCCAUGAAGCGAGACUCGCGGCUGGAGGGGGAAGAGGAUCUUCUACUCUGCCGCUUUCGUCGGGCUUUGCUUCUCGUGAUGUACGAGCGGGAGGAGCAGGACGAGUAGGCGGAGGAGGGUCGGUCACGACCAUGGUCGGAACACCGCAAGCAGACAUCGAACAGGAAGCUGUAGCAAUUCAGUUGUCCAAUAUAAGUCAUAUCAAGGAGUGCCUGCCAGAUUACGGGGAGGGCUUCUUGGCCGCGUGCCUGGAGGCGUACGACAACAGCCCAGAAAAGGUGUUGCAGCACAUUCUGGAUAACACCCUGCAUCCGGAUCUUGCGAAGCUGGAUAUUCAUUUGAAGACCAAACCUGUGCCGCAGCGAUCUCCCGUGAUCAAUCAUCUUGAUAAAGGAAAGGGAAAGGUUGCGGCAGAAGUAGUGGAGGAGGAAGACGACGACGAAGAAGACGACAGUGAUGGCGGCGGGAGUAAUCUUCAGCUUAGCAGGACCCGACGAUCCGGUGCUGCUGCUGCUGCUGCUAAUAGAUCGGGUAAAAGGAGCGACGAAGUUGCGCCUAGCGCGGCAGCCAUCAGCGGAAUCCUUCGGGCUUCGUCGUCGCCCGUUGUCAUUAGAGAAGGGAAGGUCGCAGGCUCGACUCCAUCGCCUUCGUCAUUGCCGUGUUCCUCUUCAGCUUCUCCUUUUUCUGCUACUCCUCCCUCGUCGUCGUUUUCUUCGAUCGUGCGUGCGAGCAGUAGCGCGAAUCUAUCUACGUCAUCUUCCAUCGGUGUCUGCUCUUCCUCUCCGUCCUCGUCAUCGUCGACGCUAGGAGCGGGAAGAUUGGUGCGACGGACUCGGGAUAUGGGCGAUGCCGUCAGUCUGUUGAACCGGAUCGGUGACGCGGACAAAAUGACCAUGAAGUCUUCGGUGAAAUCAUCUCAGGUGGAGUACGAGGACGAGUACGACGAUUCCUUUGACGAUCUGGUCAAUUACGGAGCGGAUGCCGGAGCGGAAGAGCCAGAGAGUCUGAUAGAAGCGCAGUUGAAGGGGGUGGGGGGAGGCUUAGCAUCAUCGUCGGUGACUUUGCCGUCAAGAUCAACGCCUGUGUCGCUGAGAAGUGAAUCGGAUGGUUGGAAGCAGGUGCCAAGUCAUCGUGAGGAGAGAGGGGGGAAAGGAGGAGGAGGAGGUGGUCGGGGAAUGAGCGCAACGCCGCGAGGGCGAGUUGAAGGAAAGGGCCGGAGCGGGGACAGAGCGCCUCCCGCGAAGCCGCAGUUCUUUGUGAAGGAUGGGAAGAAUUACAGCUACAAGGUGGCAGGAUCGACUGCGGUGUCUAACGCCGAUGCCGCCGCGGCCAAGAUCAGUGAACAGGAGGCGCUGAUAAUGGGGCUUGGACCCGGGGGAAACGUGCCUAUCGGGCAGCAGUCGAAGGGGAGGAGACCUAGUUGGAAGAGGGAAGAGGAUAAUGAGGACGGGGAAGGAGAGCAGGAGGAUGGAGAGAGAGAUGGUGGUUCUGCUUAUCAUUUGACAGACGGCAGGGGAGAGAGGGACCGGCCAACAGUCGGCGGGAGAGGGGGCCACUUGCCGGCGGGGAGAGGGAGGGGAAGAGGACGGGGUGGAGGUGGAGCAGGUAGAGGAAACGAGACCACGACAUCUGACGCUGAGAGGCGGCAGCAUGCUAGGAAGGAGCAGAAUAAGGCAUUCGUCGCGAACCACAGGCGGAAGGACCAGGCAAUGAAUAAACACUUCAGAUCCGUCGGUGGGAAUUGACAGCUAACGUCGGGAAAAAAUCGAUCGGAUGGACACGCGCCCAGAAAAGACAGCUGCAGCGGAGUGAAUAUGAAAAAAGGCGGGUAAAGAGAGCCGGGGGAUUCGGUAGAUGAUGAUGAUGAAGAAAAAGAAAAUAGAAUGGAUCCUUAGGGUUUGCUUGUUUCAAGCUUGCGGCGAACAAAUGGGUUGAAGGGGCGUCAACAAGAAGAGAGGAAAGUUAAGCGUUCAGCGGUGGACUGUUUGAACCGGCAGGUACGCAGGGUAGUGUAGGUUAGUAGGUAGGUAGGUAGGUAGGUAGGUAGGUAGGUAGGUAGGUUGGUAGGUGAGUGAGCUGGUAUGUAAAGGUUGCGCUUCGUCCGAAAGCGCGAUCACGCUCCGUAAUGUGUACUGGAUUUGACUUGCACGUCUCUCCCAUGUCUUGUUGUAGAAGACUCUUUUGUUAACGUUGUUGUUGUUGUCUCGUUGGUGGGGCUUACUUCAUAUGGCCGUCCAUGAUUGAUUGAUUGAUUGAUUGAUUGAUUGUUGUGGCUGUGUUGGAUGCGCUGUCGUGUCUUGUUGUAGAAACUCUUUUGUUAACGUUGUUGUUGUUGUCUCGUUGGUGGGGCUUACUUCCUAUGGCCGYCCAUGAUCGAUUGAUUGAUUGAUUGUUGUGGCUGUGUUGGAUGCGCUGUCGGGGCUGCUGCCUGAGACGAAACCCCUACUGUUGUUUGUACCAUUGGCUUUGGCAAGUUCUCGAGAUGCGUGUGACGAGGGUUCUCUUCUCGUAAGUGUUAAAGCAAAACAACGAACUCUUUUUCAUGUUUUCUUGGUUUUGCUCUCGAUGUUGGUAGUAUUUGUGAGCUUGGUUGUGCCUAGCCAUGUCCCCAAGCUCCGCUUAUUCCCUUUGAAGAGGAAAAGGACAAUAAAGUUGUGCAGGAACAGGAGAGGAGAGGCUUGCUGUGAUGUACGCGGCUGUUGGAUUAAUUGUUGAUUCUACCGAUGGUUGGUUGCUGCUACUGCAGGAUACCCAUUAUCCGUACUAAUGAGGCUGGGCUUAGUUGUGCCCGAUCAGAAGUAAUCCCUUCUGAGAGAAACUGGCGUGGUUUACGAUUAAGCAGAGUCGUCCCCAUGUCGGGUGCUGUUUGUUGUCGGUGGUGUGGUGCAUGGACAUGUAGGUUGCCGAGUUUGACUAAUGGUCAGCGUGAUAGGAUGUUUCUGAGGCUUCAGUUUGUGGAUUGUUGAUGGUGGUCUACGUGUGUGGGUAUAUCCACCCAGAUAUGACUUGUGUUCGUGCUCGUCUUUGAGCGUGGUCAUGAUUUCUGUUUGUUUUUAAUGUAAUAUCCUCUUGGCCUUGCUUCCCCCUUAACCCCACUGGACCAAAACUGGCUGUUUGUGUGGAUUGGUUAUUGCUCACUUAACUCCCCCAUUGAAGGACCGGAAUUGGAAUUCUUUGGCAAGUAGGGUGUUAAGUUGCUAUCAGACUUCCUUCCCUGUUUCACGCCUUAUUGCAUAUUCUCUA